GAGGAUGUGGCCGGCGCGACCGUAAUGGCAGCCGCGAGUUCCAGUCCGGAAUUGUUCAUCAACGUCAUUGGUACCUUCGUGACGGAAGGGGAUUUGGGAGUAGGCACCAUUGUCGGUUCGGCGGUGUUCAACAUAUUGGCGGUGCCGGCGUGCUGCGCACUGUUCGCGAAUCAGGUGUUGAACUUGGAGUGGUGGCCCGUGUCGCGUGAUACGUUAGCGUAUGCCUUCACGGUUGUCCUCCUGAUACUGACUCUUCGGGAUGGACGUGUCGAGUGGUACGAGGGGCUUAUCCUGGUCUCCUGUUAUAUUAUUUACAUAUCAGCUAUGUGCUUCAACCAGCGUAUCAACAGUUUCAUAAGACGACUAACGUCCAGAAGGAAAAAGUAUAAAAAUAUUUGUGAAGAGACUCCUCUCAUAUCAAACAACUUCAUUAAAGAAACAGAGAUAUGUGAAUUCAGUUCCAGCGAUCACGAUGAGUCACUCGAAAUUGUGAACAUGACGAGCUGGCCGGAUUCGGUGGGCGAAAAAAUAUGGUGGGUUAUCACUUGGCCUAUUAACUUGGUAUUGCUCUGUACUAUCCCCGACUGUAGAAGAAACAGAUUAAAAUCAUGGUAUCCCUUGACGUUCAUUAUGUGCGUCUUAUGGAUAGCGUCUUCGUCUUAUAUUAUUGGAUGGGUCAUCACUGCUAUCGGUGAUACCUUUAGAAUACCUGACUCUAUUAUGGGUUUAACGUUUCUUGCGGCAGGAAUGAGUGUACCUGAAGCAGUGUCUAGCGUUAUCGUCGCGAAUCAAGGUCACGGUGCUAUGGGGAUAAGUAAUUCCAUCGGAUCGAAUGUGUUCGAUGUGUUAUUAUGUCUUGGACUGCCAUGGUUCAUAAAAGCCACGUUACUACCAAAAGUACCUGGAGAAUAUUAUGUUCAAAUUAAUUCUCAGGGACUAGUGUACAGCUCGAUAUCUCUCUUCUCCACGUUAAUUAUCCUAUAUGGAUCACUGUCCUUUAAUAAAUUCAAAUUAAAUCGUACAGUCGGAAUGAUCUGUCUCGUUAUGUACGUUAUAUUUUUGAUAUUUGCAUCUGUUAUAGAACUCAACACAUUCUUCGUCGUUAAUUUACCGAUAUGCGUUGACUGAGCAACAUUAAUUUUGUAAAUAAGGCAAUAUUUAUAUAUCUCUCGUCAAUAUCUGUACAUUUAUAUACUAUAAUAAUUAAUUUUUUACUUAAAAUGUUUACGCAAUUUUUUUUCUUGCUCUAUGACAAACCAAACGCAUGUGAACAUUAUACUUAUUUCUAUUAUACUUAUUUCUACAUCGUAUGUUUGAAUAAUCUAUAACUAGUUUAAUUAUACAAGUUUAACUUUUGUAUUCAAUACAUUGCAGCUGUUUAAUUAUUAAUAUAUAAUUAGUAAUAUAACAGCUAUUAAUAUAAUAUUGUGACUUUUAAAUACUACAGCUUCAGGAAAAA